AAAGUAAAGUGUGAGUGGCUUUUGUGUUUCAGCACUCUUGAAAGGUACCUGAAGUGAAUUUGCACCAAAGCAGCAGCUGCAUUGCCUCAGUUCUAUCUUCACCUUCACAAUGUUUCCCUUGGUCAAAACUUCACUAAGUCAUCUCCAUGUUCCAAGCAUCCAGCAAACAAUGGCAAGGCAGAGCCACCAGAAACAUACGUCUGAUUUUCAUGACAAAGGUGGUAAUGCUGUAUUAGCUAAUGGAGACACUUUCUGUAUUGCUGUAUGGACAUAUGUAGCAACACAAAUUGGAAUAAUAGGGAACCUGUCCCCUGUUGGCAGAGUCACUCUAAAGGAAUGGAGAGAUCAGUAAUCAUCCCAGCUGGUAUACUACUGAAUUGUUUAAAAAAAUAUCAUAAUUGAUGCCAAGUGAAAGCACUGUAUACCCUUAAGAUAUGGCAUUAUUGAAGAAAUAAAUUUGAAACCUUCAAAAGCAAACAAAAAAAUGGUAAAGCAUAAGUUCUGCCUAGAUCAUAAGCUUGUUAAAAAUCAGAGUCAAUGUCUCAUUCAUCUUUGUUUCCCAACCUCUAUCAGAGUAACUUGCACAUAUCAAGCUC